GAGUUACGCAUCUAUAAGUGUGUUAUCUAUGGGGUUAUUCAAGUUGUGAAGUGUGCGUAGUAAUCAUGGCAUCUGAGCGGUACAGUUUCUCGUUGACAACAUUUAGCCCUUCAGGGAAACUGGUGCAGAUUGAAUAUGCUUUGGCAGCAGUUGCAGCAGGAGCUCCAUCUGUUGGCAUCAAAGCCUCCAAUGGAGUUGUGCUUGCUACAGAGAAUAAGCACAAAUCAAUUCUGUAUGAGGAACACAGUGUUCACAAGGUUGAGAUGAUAACAAACCACAUAGGAAUGAUAUAUAGUGGAAUGGGGCCGGAUUAUCGUCUCCUGGUGAAAGGGGCACGAAAGAUGGCACAGCAGUACUUUUUGGUAUAUCGGGAGCCCAUCCCGACAGCACAGUUGGUGCAGCGCGUGGCCAUGGUGAUGCAGGAGUACACCCAGUCAGGUGGCGUGAGACCGUUUGGAGUGUCCUUACUGAUAUGUGGUUGGGAUGAGGGGAAACCGUACCUGUUUCAAUGUGAUCCGUCUGGAGCCUACUUUGCAUGGAAAGCAACGGCCAUGGGCAAGAACUUCGUCAAUGGGAAGACAUUCCUUGAAAAAAGGUACAGUGAAGAUCUGGAACUGGAUGAUGCUGUUCAUACUGCAAUUCUGACCUUGAAGGAAGGGUUUGAAGGUCAAAUGACAGCAGAUAAUAUUGAAGUUGGAAUUUGUGAUGCUCAAGGUUUCAGAAGACUCGAUCCAUCCAAUGUAAAAGAUUAUCUUGCCAAUAUCCCAUAAUUUUAAGCUUUAGACUUUACUCACAGUGAAGGCAAUUUUAUAUUUAAUAUACUGAUUAUGUAUUCUGAUUUUGUGUUAAGUGAGACUGUAUGCAAUGUUAAAAAAUACAAGUAACUGAACACCAGAACUGUUAGACAAUGAA